AGCCAUUUUGGCUCAAGCCAUUUUGGCUCAAGCCAUUUUGGCUCAAGCCGGCCUCAAGCCCCCUCUCGCCUUUUCCCCCGCGCAUGGCCGGUCCGGAGUUGGCGCUGCAGGAGCUGGAGGACUCGGGAAUGACUACGGGGGGUGGCCCGAGUUCGUGGACGCCCAGUGCUAUGAGGACAGCCGAGAUCGCGCUCCUCGGACUUGCUGCUGCUCGCCGCGCAGCGCGUCGCAGGCGCCAGGCAGCCUGCGAGGCCGCCUUGCGCGCCAGGGCGUGCGUGGGCGAACCAGCCUCCUGGCAGGACAGGGAGCUGGCUGCCAGGCACGCGCUGCGGCUCGUGUCGCGCGGCCAGCCUGUCCCUGGGGGCGCGCGCAGGAGGAGGAACGCAGCGUGGCACGCCGCGCGCGUCCCUGCGGGCGGCUUCACGCGUGCCUCGCAAGGGGAGCUCGCGUGGGCGGCUGCUGGCCCCAGGCUGGGCUCCCGCUUACGGGCCACCGCCGACGCUUUCAUGUCGCAGGCCGCUGUCUCUGGAGAGGGUGCUGCCGAGGGGCCGCCCGUCCCUGCUGCCGCUGCUGGUGGGUUGCGGUGUACAUGCGGGGCGAUGGUGUUCUCCGCUCGCUUCGCCUCCUCUUCGGAGGAUGCCGCGUCCGACCCCGUCGACAUCGACGAGUGUGAAUCCUCUUCUUGUUCCUCUGCUCGCGCUGUCCCUCGUCCUGCUCGGGGGGAGGCGGCCGAAGGGGUCGCGCGAGUUCCAGACCGAUGUGUUGCUGCUGGUGAAGGUUCAGGCGCUGCCGCACUUGCGUGGGUGCCCGUGGGCCUUCCGCAGGAUCCUGGCGAAGGCCUCCUGUUCGCCAACGGGGGCGCGUCGUCAUCGGAUCCUUUUUCUGCCACGGCAUGGCCUUCAGCUGGAGUGCGGUCGCCGUCGGCCUCGGCAUCUGCGUUCACGUUGUCUCGGAUCGUUGCUCCCGAUUCCGAAGAUGACGCGUGUCAGAACGAGUACGACCCUAGCGACUUCGAUUUCUAGUCGUGGAGUUCGUCAUCAUCUAUACCUCCCUCGGCGCCAGCGGCCACAAGAGAUACUUAGGCUUCCUCUUUGUGGUACGGCUGCUUAAACACGUUGCUGUACAUUCCCCUGGUGCUGUACUUCGUUUUCUCUUUCCUGUCCCUCGCCGCCGUCGUCCUGGUGGUCGUGGAGGUGACAUGGGAAGAGAUUAUUGGCGUGGAGCGCUGAUGUCAAAC